UGCAUGCUGCACCUCCACAAAACUGUGGCUCAACUCUGCUCUCCACCUCUGUCAGGGUCGCCCUAUUCUUUGACCACUCAUAAUCCUUCAUACAUCAGCCUACUUUGUUCACAAACUGAUGACAACAUGGAGGAUAACCACACUUUCCUGUACUUUGCUUAUGGUAGUAACCUGCUAAAGGAGCGGCUCCAUCUCAAGAAUCCCUCUGCGACAGUACACUGUGUGGCCAGGCUCAAGGAUUAUAAGCUGGUUUUUGGGAACCACAAAGGCCUCGCCAGUGACCGGUGGCAUGGAGGGGUUGCCACCAUAGAGCACAGCCCUGGAGAUGAGGUCUGGGGUGUGGUGUGGAGGAUGAACAUGUCUGAUCUGGAGUCUCUUGACAGUCAAGAGAAUGUGACAUUAGGUGCAUACAGUCCUGUGGAGCUAUCAGUGAAGACAAAAGGCCAGGACCUCAACUGUCGCACCUACAUAAUGAACAGCUGUGUGUAUGCUCCACCAUCACCACAAUAUCUUAAGGUGAUUGUAAUGGGAGCAGAACAGAAUGGCUUGCCAAAAGACUACCAGGAGAAACUGCGAGCAAUCAAGACCAACAUGUACGAGGGUCCGCUACCUAUGAUGGCCGAACUGGAGCGAGCCAGACGAAGAGCCAAAGAGAGGGUCAACCAUCGGUCUGAUGCCUGAUUAUCCAAUAUAAUCCAGGUCCACAUUUUACAGUAGCAGUCUAUAUGAUAUUGUAUUGAUCAUAACACUGCAUGUUAACAAGUUCACCACAGUUAGCUCCU